AGCUCUUCUAUACCUAUCGGAGAAGACGACGAAGGCGAAACCUUUUCAACUCUAUUUGCAGGUUCAGGCCAGCUCGACGGAGGUUUCCUUUCACUUGAGGAGAUUGAUGAAGCUGAUUACAAUUUAGAUCUUCCUGUGAUUGAGAGUGAUGUAACAGAGAGAGAGUUGAAGUCGAAGAAACAAAAUGGAGAGAACGAUGAUGAUGGUGACAAUGAGAAUGUGGAUGAGAUAAUUGAAGAAGAAGAUGGAGAUGGAGAAGGAAGGGAAGAUGAGGAUGAUGAUGAGGAUAACUUGGAGAGUCUUAGGAUAAAAGAGAAUAAAACUAAGAGGAAUAAGGAGAAGAAGGAGCAUAAGAAGAAGAAGAAG